ACAAUGUGUCACGCCGCAUCUGAACUCUGAAUCAACACUGGCGCGUGGAAAUUGACCUCGCGUCGCGUCGCCAUGGCAAUAUCAGCUCUCACUUCCUAAACAAACCCGAGACAAGGAAAAGAAAAGAGGCUUUAGCUGGGGAUUGUUAACGCACAACAUUUGUGCAUUAAGUUCAUCGUCUGUGCCUGACAAGACAAUAUAAGACUCAGGAUACGGAGUAAUAACACCCAAGGUCUUUCCAAGGAAAUCUUUUUGAAUUAUCCACCCUGCGAUAUUUCUGCACUCCAAGUCAUUAUGGUCCGCCUGACAGUGCAUCUGAUCGCAAAAUUGGGCAGUCACUCAAAAUCCAGCAGAAGCGAAUCCUUCCAGCAGUACCUGAGGAAACUGACCCAUCUCAACUUCUCAGACAAAAACAUAGAGGAGAUUGAUGAUCUAUCUGUGUGCAGAAACCUCACAGUCCUUUACCUAUAUGACAAUCAAAUAUCACAGAUCUGCAACUUGGGGUUUGCCUCAAACCUUACACACUUAUACAUGCAAAAUAACAAUAUAUCUUGCAUCGAGAACCUCUCGUCUCUACAUAAGCUAUCUAAACUGUUCCUGGGAGGAAACAGCAUCACUGUGGUGGAGGGAUUAGAGGAGUUGAAAAGCCUAAAGGAGCUGCAUGUGGAAGGUCAGAAACUACCUUGUGGAGAAAAGCUGGCCUUUGACCCUCAUUCCAUUUCUAGCCUGUCUGAAACUCUGUGCAUUUUAAAUAUCAGCAAAAAUAACAUUGAUGAGUUAUGGGAUUUGGCUCCUCUCAGAAAAAUGACCCAUCUUUUUGCUGCCGAUAACCAGCUACAUGACAUACAGGAGUUAGAGACGGUGUUCAGCCAAUGGUUUAAACUGCGCCUUCUGGAUCUGAGUAGAAAUCCUGUGUGUCACAAACCUAAAUACAGGGACAGACUAAUAACUGUUUGCAAAUUUCUAGAUGACCUUGAUGGGAAACAAAUAAAUGAGCUGUCCAGGCAGUUUCUAAUCAAUUGGAAAGCCUCAAAAGAUGCAAAGAAGAAACCAGAGGAUGGAAAAGACAACAAACUACAAGUGGCAAACCAACUUUCAACUUCAGCUGAUUUUCACUUGGGUCCCCAACAUCCUUCUGUCCGAGAGCGCAGCAGCUCUUUGAGUAAGCCGUCAGAAAAUGAAAAGCCUGGCGUUACAUUUCGGACAGACCAAAUUCAAGCUGACAGCAGAGGAAGAGGGACAAGAGGAGAUUCCAGUACCGAAUGGCAAUCUCUGAAAAUAUGAAGCUUUAUCGAAGUCCUUUUGGCUUCAAAUAUUUAACUCAAAAACUCAAUCAAUAAGCUUGCGGUAUGUGUGUGUGAAGAUUUAUGCUGAAUACUUUUUAAGAAAAAGAAGCUCUGCCACUUAUAUAAAAUGUGAAUAAUGGCUUAAAUUUUAUUUAUUUGACAAGUCUUUUACACUGCCUUAUUUGCAAUUCUGACAGUUCUGUUUGAAAAUACCUGUCUGUGUUUUUAAUAAAUUUACAUUUUAAGGAA